AUGUCUGCUACUCUUCUUUCCCGCCGUUUUACUGCUCGCCCAGCUCUUUUUCAGCGUGCAUUCCAUGCAUCCCGCGCAUCAUUUCUCAGCGUUGGUGAUGCCGUUCCUUCUGUUCCUGUCCAGGAAGGCUCUCCUGGCAAUGUGGUGAGCUUGGCUGAUGAGACCAAGAAGGGUAAAUACGUGAUUGUGGGUGUUCCUGGUGCCUUUUCACCUGCAUGCUCUGCUUCGCAUGCUCCAGGUUACAUUUCGCACACUGGCGAGCUUGCUAAGAAGGGUGUUGAUGGCGUUUUCAUUGUUGCUGUCAAUGAUGCUUUUGUGACCAAGGCCUGGGCCGAUUCUCUUAAGACCAAUGACAAGGUUCGCUUCAUUGCUGAUUCUCACGGAGAGUUUUCCAAGGAAUUUGGAACUCUGUUUGACGCAUCCAAGUUCUUUGGAAACGAGCGUACUAAGCGUUAUGCUGCUGUCGUUGAGAAUGGCAAGGUCACCGAGGCCUUUAUUGAGCCCGACUCGACGGGUCUUUCAGUGUCUGUUGCUGAGAACGUUCUUAAGAAUCUUUAA